AUGGAUGUGGAAUGGCUGGAAGGGGAGGUUACAUAUCCUGCCUCCACAGAAUCUCUUAUCGAAAAUGAUAUAGAGUUUAGAACGUGCACCAUCAAACAGGCCAUCAUUGCCGUCCCACUGUCUGACCGUGGUCUUGAGUCACCCUGCGCAACUAAAUGUAUUUGGCUUCCCUUUUACAAGGAGUCCAAAAUUGUGGUCGAGAAAUAUCUAAACAACAUCACCUAUAUUCACCAUGUGGUUCACACUCCUUCGGUGCGAAAACUUUUGGAUGAUCUCUACCAGAAUCUUAGCCACAAGGAAUCCGUCAAACUGGGGCAUGUUUCAUUGCUCCUGGCGAUUUUGGCGAGUACCACUUUCUUCUGGACAGAACGCGAUAUGCAUUCGCCAUUAUUCUCCUCCGUCAAGGAAGCAAAUCAACAGGCCACUAUAUGGAUGAAACGUGCCCUUGAAGUACUGGAGUACUCGCGUCUCAAGGGCUUAGACUCCCUUGAGGAUAUCCAAGCCAUGAUUAUUGUGGCCUUUCUCAUUACCAAUCUAGUUGGAAUUAAGUCGCAGGCAUGGUAUGUUUUCUCGACAGCCAUCACUGUAGCUCGUCAUCUGCAACUGCAUCGGAUUGAUCAUCCUCAACACACGAGGCUUGAUAUAUCCCGUCAAGAUAAAAUCGACACAGAGAUAGGUAGGAGAGUGUGGUGGUAUCUAGUUGCGACAGAUUGGCAAUUUGCCUCUUACACAGGCCCACAAAGAGGGACCUAUAUUAUCAAUCCUCGACACAUGGCCACGGAGAAGCCUCUGAAUAUAGAUGACGAAGACAUUCUCGACGAAGCGACUGGUGCCAAGCCAAUAGAUCAGCCGACCUCAAUGUCAUAUAACCUUCAGCGAAUUCGACUGGGAGAAAUAUGCCGCAAGAUCACUGACAGCAUCCCCUUCUCCGAGCCCGGGUGGGUGAUUCGCGACUUUCAAAAAUUACGGGAUAUCGAUGCAGAAAUCUGUGACAUCGCCAAUGAGAUGCCCAGGUUCUUCUCCCUUGAUUACGAUGCAAGUGAACUUCCAGAAACCGAUCCCCGAAGAGCACCUGGAAUUAUUAUUCAACGUUAUGUCAUUAAUUCUUUGAUUCAUACCCAACGAUGCAGACUUCAUCUUCCGUACCUGUCUCGGGCAGCUACGGAUCCUGACCUCGCUUUCUCGCGAGAGGCGUGUCUACAGGCGGCGCGUACAGCUAUCCGAACAGAGCGACUCCUAUCAAAAGAGCCAAUACCUUUUGUCCUUGCACGAUUGAGGUUCUCUGCUGUUCUGCAUUGUGUUUGUAUGGCAAUCAUCGUACUGUUGAUGGAUGUUUGCCUGAAUAAAAGCCUUCGACCGGAGGAGGAUGAGGAACGACGAGACGAGCUUUUUCAUGCGUUCAAGUUUCUAGAAGAGGCCAAAGGUCAAUCGCCAUUUGCAGAACAGAUUCUGGAAUCUUUCUACGCCGUUCUCUGGAGGAAUAAGGUCACUUUGCCUGACACCAAUGACAAGACAGAUCAAAUGCAGAAUGAGAAUCAACUGUCACCGUCUGCAUUGAGCACGGACUCUACAUUACCAACCGUCUUCAGUGGUGACAAUAAUGCUGAGGAUAACCCGCUGGAUCCGACUCUUCCAAGUUUCGAGGACAUCUGGCAGACAUUUGAUAGUCAUGUGGACCCGACUUCUAUUUUCGACUGGAAUUCCCUGUUUGCCGAGCUGGACUCACCAUUCCUUUCGAUGUGA